AUGCCGGCUCCGAGCAGGGCACGGGUAUACGCCGAUGUGAACACACAUAGGCCUCGUGAAUAUUGGGAUUAUGAGUCCCAUGUCGUCGAGUGGGGGCUACAAGAUGAUUACCAGAUUGUACGUAAACUUGGAAGAGGAAAAUACAGUGAAGUUUUUGAAGCUAUCAAUAUAACAAACAAUGAAAAAUGUGUUAUAAAAGUAUUAAAGCCAGUAAAAAAGAAGAAAAUUAAAAGGGAGAUAAAAAUUUUAGAAAAUCUACGGGGAGGAACUAAUAUAAUUACCCUUUUAUCUAUUGUAAAAGAUCCAGUGUCCAGAAUACCAGCCCUUGUAUUUGAACAUGUCAACAACACAGACUUUAAGCAAUUAUAUCAGACUUUUACGGACUAUGACAUCCGGUUCUAUAUGUUUGAACUCUUAAAGGCUCUAGACUAUUGUCAUAGUAUGGGUAUUAUGCACAGAGAUGUUAAGCCUCACAAUGUCAUGAUAGAUCAUGAAAACAGGAAGCUCCGUUUAAUUGAUUGGGGUUUAGCAGAAUUUUAUCAUCCAGGAAUGGAGUACAAUGUAAGAGUUGCUUCACGAUAUUUCAAAGGUCCUGAGCUUUUAUUGGAUUACCAGAUGUAUGACUAUUCUCUGGACAUGUGGAGUUUAGGUUGUAUGUUUGCCAGUAUGAUAUUCAGAAAAGAGCCUUUCUUUCAUGGUCAUGAUAAUUAUGAUCAGCUGGUUCGCAUAGCCAAGGUUUUAGGAACAGAUGACCUCUAUGGCUACAUAGAGAAAUACCAAAUAGAUUUGGAUCCAAGAUUUAAUGAUAUUUUAGGAAGGCAUUCAAAAAAGCGAUGGGAAAGAUUUGUUCACAGUGAAAAUCAACAUUUGGUUAGUCCUGAAGCAUUAGAUUUCUUGGACAAACUUCUACGAUAUGAUCACCAAGAGAGGUUAACAGCAAGAGAAGCCAUGGAACACCCAUACUUCUAUCCUAUUGUUAAAGAACAAGGCAGAAUGUCUUCUAUGUCUGGUCAUACAUCUCCUACGCCUAUCAGCAGCUCAUCACAAAUAGGAGGAAGUGGAGUUAAUAACAAUGUGGCGCACUUAGGAGUAUGGUCACAACCUGAUGUCUGCGGUAUUGAACUCUAUACACGGAAAUCUGCUUUUCGCACGUCACAAGCAGCCAUUGAAUUUUUUUUUUUUUUUUAUCUACACAACAUUGACAGAGGAAGUCGAUUUCACGUGCACUCGUAUCUGAAGCAGGUUACAAAAUGUCAGCUCCCUACACAUCUCCACCUCCAUACAGUGAAGCAGUUCAUCCACAGCCCAACCACUAUGGUAGCUGCAAUUGGCAGGCCCUCCGCAGCCAUGAGUGGCAAUGUUUACAAUGAAUCUACUGCUUACACUGACUUUGCAGAGUCUGACCACAAUACUACUGAAGCAGGAGAAAGUUCAUUUGGUAACUCCUUUUUGGAUAAAGCCAUAAGACGGGCUUUUAUCAGAAAGGUUUACAUGAUCCUCCUGGCCCAGAUGUCUGUAACUGUUGCUGUAAUUGCCAUUUUUAUCUUUGUGCCUGCUAUUGGUGAUUGGAUCAUUGAGAACAUUUGGUUUUAUGGCUUGUCUUAUGCAGUCUUUAUUGUCACCUACUUGGUGCUUGUUUGUGUUCCAAGUGUCCGCCGCAAACAUCCUGGAAAUUUGGUAUGCCUGAGUGUUUUUACAAUAGCCACGGCAUUCAUGCUGGCAACAAUAAGCAGUUUCCAUUCAACUACUAUAGUGCUGAUUGCUAUUGGCGUGACUGCAGUGGUUUGUUUAUCAAUAUCACUCUUUGCUAUGCAGACCAAGAUUGAUUUCACCUUGACAGCUGGUCUCCUUUUCACAUUUGUCCUGAUUGUCAUGUUGUUUGGUUUAUGCACAGUGAUCACGCAAUUUGCCUUGCAACAUCCAAUGCCAAUCAUGAAUAAUGUCUAUGGUGCCCUCCUAGCUUUGCUCUUUGCCUGGUUUCUUGUGUUUGACACACAAACAAUCAUUGGUGGGAAGAAGAUUGAACUAAGCCCUGAGGAAUAUAUUUUUGGUGCUUUGCAGUUGUACAUGGACAUAAUCAAUCUUUUCCUAAUCAUUCUUUCUUUCCUGGGACGAUCAAAGUAA